CCAAAAUUUGGAUGGAAGAGUGAAAGAAAUCAGAAAAUGCAAUGCAUCGUUAUUUUUUGCUUAGCUCAGCACAAAAGAAAAGAAAACACGUGCGUUUUUUCAUUAUUUUUUAUUCAUAUGGCAGCACUGCAAAAUGUGAAUUUCGCUAAAUUUCGCCUCCGUAAUUUUAAAAAACCAGCAAUCUGAGGUUAAAAACGAAACAGACAAUCCCAGCUAGCCAUCAACGGUUGCAUGGAUAUUGGAUAUUUAUCUUAUUUUGAGCGAGAAAAAUUGAAAUAAGUCCUCUAUUUAUCAAUGAAUAUUCCAUCAAAAACGUACUUUUAUUCCUGUAGUGUACCGUGGAGUAUUCAAAAUUAAAAAGUCCACAUAAUCCAAACAAUACGACCCCAAAAUAUUGAAUGUCGAACCGGUUCCAACUCAGAUUUCAAUUGUAUGUAAACACGUAACACAACUAUCCUAAUAAAGUGCGGUUUAAAUAUUUAAAAAUUCAGAACGAUGGUGCAAGAAUUACAGUAGGACUCAUGGCUGGAGAUGGCAAAUUUCAGCAUCUAUGAGGAGUUGAUGCCCAAAAUUCAAGCUUUAAUAUCACCACCUGAUAAAAAUAACGUUGGUACUUCAAGAGAGAAAAACACGCCAGAUAUACAUCAGUUUUUCAAACGAAGAGGUAAACGUCAUAAUUACGAUCAUUGUGACGCUUGUGGUGAAAAAGGAAAUGUUCUAAAGUGUACAAGCUGCUCUGCAUGUGUUCAUUUGUUGUGCCACGAUCCACCUAUAAGUAGAAAUAGAGAAGUGGAUUUGGAUACUCACUGGAUUUGUAACGCUUGUCAAUACGCUCAUAAAAAUAACCAGCAAAAACCAGUAGUAAAGAAAUCAGUUCAGCAACGUUCAGAAUCACGAGAAUCCUUCGGAACUUGUGUCAUUAUCAAUCAUCCGGCGAAUAACCUCGUAAAAACGCUAACGAACUCGAAUCCAUCAGCGUCGAACUUCACUCAAUCUUCAGCAAUGGAGAAAACACUAUCAGUUCUUCUUCACGAUUCGAUCGUCAUCAAAAACGAAAGUAUCGAUGAAGAUAACGUAGGAAGUGAACUAGAAGAGAGUUCGGAUGAAGCCACUUGUAUUGAAAAUAUUCCUAUAAAAAUCGAAUGCAAUGAUGAAGAACUGGAAUUUCCUUUAAAAAUAGAACCGGAAACUGAUUGCCACGAUUCAGCGACCGGAUACGGUGCCGGUAACGUUGACGGUUUGAACAUGGACGACGUUUGGAAAAUCUUAGGUAUUGAUAAUCGAGUUAAAGUUAACACAGUUAAAGAAUCUAAUCGAAAAGAGUCGGUCGACAAUAAUACUACUAUUUCAAAAACUCCAUCCAAUCACUUUGAAAUGACGAAUUUCAUCGAAAACAUAAAAAAUACCCAAGUUCACAUCAACUUGACCAAUUGUGAUUAUAUGUUGAAAGAUCGGAAAAGCAGCGGCGUUAUUAGCGAUUCGGCUGAUGAACCCGAUAAUAAAAAACGUCCUGCAGCAAAACCAAAACGAAGUCGAAAGAAAACGAAAGUAUCUGCUGCGGAUAACGUUACCGGAAUCAAACAAAUUUUUACCGAUAUUAUUAACGAUGCUUCCAAAGGAAAUCCGAAACAGUUCGCUUUGCCCCUUGAGUACUUGGCGAAUAUUGAUAUGAAUUUGAUCGGUACCGAGAAAGAUUCCGAGAGUUUUCCUAACGACCUUGAUUCCAGAGAUCUAUUAAAGUUACCAGCUAGAAAGUGCUAUUAUUGCAAAGGAACCUGUCUUGCCGGACCAAUGAUCAGCUGUGAUUUUUGUCCUGCUCACUUUCAUUUGAACUGUUUGAAUCCUCCAUUGUGUAGUAUUCCCGAUGUAAAGUGGAUGUGUCCGUUACAUCCUCAUCAUGUGCUGGAACGUGUUAUGAAAAAUCCGUCUAGUGUUACCGAGUUGAUGUCCUGGUGGAGUAAAUUUUCUGUUCCAAUUGACGACGAAGAUGUGAAAUCGAAUUUUAUUGAGAAAAUUAAAUCGUUGGAUAAACGACAAACGAAUCGACAACUUAUUCGUUCUUCAAUCAAAAUUCCUGACAUCGUGAAAUACCAUUAUAAACAUCCACCGCCUAGAAUACCUUGCAUAGAACAAGUUGUUCGAUCUAAAUCUGCUAGCGUUCUGAAUAAUAAUUUACCUACAUCGAAGAGGGCUACCAGUCGCUGCUUCAGAACACAAGAAUCUGUUUCAAAAACUACAACUUCUCGUCCUGAGCUUCAAACUAGUAAGCCUGCUGAUCGUACUCAGCCAACUGCGACUACCAGUCAAACUAACAAUAAUAAUCAGAAAAAAUACAACCUAAGGCCUUUCAAAAAAGCUAAAUGGAAGAUUUGGCUCGAAGCAGACAACGAGCUAUUUAGUAGGCCUAAAAAGUCAUCCGAUAAAGCAAAGGUAGUUGAAACAGAAUCUAGCCAGACUUCCUGUGAUACAGCUCCAAUAGAAGAGGUCACGGUCAAGUCCGAGGAAAUCUGUCUAAAUGACGACGUUCCUGAACAAUUACCCAACCCUAUCGAUCCAACCGAAUCAAACAUAAGCUGGAAGAAAAUUGAAAAUUAUGUUAUUAGAGAUAUUAAUAGAAACUUCAUCACAGGAGGUAUUUCAAUUACUACUCUCAGUGAAGAUAUACGUCGUAUUUUGAUGAUGCAGAAAAUUAAACAACUAACUGAAGACUUGCCCCCUUCGUUCACACCGAAUGCUAAUCCAUAUCCAUUAUUUCAUCCUUUACUGAAAGAUAACAUAAAUGAUGCGCUUCCAGAUCGGCCUAAAGGGAAGGUCCGAGCUGUUCUAUGUCCUUUAUCACAUAGACCUCUCACUUAUAUGUAUGGACAAUCUCUUAGUAUAGGAUUAGGUUUCUCGAAUGACGUUUGCCUGAGAAAUUAUGGAAAUUGUAAUUUCGUUUCGGAAGAACAUGCUGUGAUAUUUUACGAUAAAGUAACCAAUUCUUACGAGCUUAUAAACUACAGCGAGUACAACACAACAGUGGACGGCGUCUGUUACACGUGCGAUAUAUCUCGUAACACCAACGAAAAACCCAUCAUUAAAAUAACCAAACCGGAUACCCCUAUCGCUCCAAAACCAGUAACGAAACCUCAACAAAAGAAGAAACCCACCAAUAAUUCUUCAACAGUACCCUGCAACGUUCAAUCCAAAAGAAUUGGUUCAACUGUAACGGCUGCCGAAACUCGCAGCUCGUACAAAAAGUUGAUAAACGAUAUCGAUAAACUAGUAUCGAAAUCGCAACAAGAAAUGGCUGCCAUUGCCGACGAGGACCUGAACGAGAUUUCUAAAGCCAUCAACAACACUCCAGCUGUAAUCGAAACCAACGAAGACGUUUCAAUAGCUAAACAACGAAUUCAACGAGUGAAACGCCCUUCAGCUAAAAGAAAAGAGGCCUAUGAAAUCGACGACGAUCCAAAACCUUCGAAAAUGUCUCGUAAAAGUAAACCUGCCUCUAAACAGACAAUCGCUGUAAACGACGAUGCUACCCCUCCGAACGAAGUUCAAACGACGUCCAAUACUGAAUCAGUACAGGUACGUAAGCUGACAAAACCACGGCGACGUACCCAAGCAUCGGCUACAUCUAGAGCACGGCCAAGACAACCUGAGAAUUCGGUAAAAACGGAACAAAAAUCGAAUAAUAAUGUAAAUGCCCAUGACAUCGGUGACCCAUCGAUUCCACAAACUGACUGCAGCGAUGAUGAGUAUCUUGUAGGGGAUAACUUCCUCGCGAAUCCGAAUAGAAGUCAAUGUCGCUGCCAAUCAAACUCCCAUAAAUUUCCAAACGGUCGAGACAGCAGCUGGGAACGAACUGCUACGUUGAAUCACGGUUCUCAUAUCCAGUUCGGUUGCAUAGGGUUCAUAUUCAGCAUUGUGAAUUAUCCCGAACCGAAGGAAAAUCGUCCGUAUACUGCUCGUCCUCCUAAACCUAAACCACCUCCACCUUCGGUUCGAUUACCAGAACCCGAAAAGCCUCUGCAAAUCACCCACGAGCCGGAAAAUAAGUCGAAGGAUGACUUGAAGGGGAAGCUGAUGUCUAUUUUGAAUCUUUUAUCAUCCGAACCAGCCCAAAAAACUUCCAAUCGUGUUGCUAGUCGGCAAUCUUCAGGACCAUCGUCACUUUCAUCCAGAUCCGCUUCGCCUAUUUUACAAAACGGCCAUACCGGCGAUCAAACCGAGUCUCCUAAGACAGCCGAUUUUAUAGAUGGGCAUAUUGAAAUUAUCGGAUGAGAAACAUCUCUCGGUGCGCCCCUCCCUUUUUUUAUUUUUUAUGAUUUUGUGAUAUUUCUGUACGUCUUUUUCACUAGUCGUGUAUGCGUAAUUUUUUUUAACCAUUUGGUCAAAUUAUCGUAGAAACGGAUGUUUUAAAAAUUACAAAGUAAGUAUUUUAUUUUAAGCUAAGACGCUAAGACUUCUUAAGUAGUGUUAUACGUAUUUUGUAAUUUAGUGGGAUAUUAUUUUUCCUUAUUUUUUUCUCUUCUUUUUUCGUAUUGAUGGUAUCAAUUUUAUCGUGCGUUUUUCGUCUUAUUUUCUUCUUAACUUUUUUUUUUAUUAUUUAUUGGAUCUUCUACGAAGAUGUGUAUUUUUGAAUACUGUAUUCUGAGAGAGUUAUUCCUUUCUCUUUUUUUAAUUUUAUUGUAUGCAUGCUCUGUUGACUGGGUAAAAUUUUAUAUGUAGUAUAGUUCGACAUUUAAAAAAAUAGUCGCUGUGGCUAAGUUUAGAUGCUGAUUGCUUUCAAUGGAAGAUUUUCAGGUUUCAAGUAGGUAGGGGUAAGGGGCUGCUUUAUUCCAUUACACUAUGUUUUCGACCGCUCGAUUUUUCGUUUUAAUAAGAAAUAUCCUUGUUUGACCAGUUCUGCAAUGAAUUCCGUAGCUCCUUCCAAUUCAUUGAUGUUCCACUUAAAAAGAGCAUUUAAGCAAUUACUAACUUCUUGGCAAUCGAAUCUGGGGAUCGUUGAAUUCUCGCGUUUAAUUAAACGAACGAUGAAUUCUCUGGUUCCUUGGAACUCGUCGAUUUUCCAUUUGGACAGAGCGUUCAAAAUAUUUGCAGUCUCUUGAGCAUUGAAUGUGCAAACUAAGGAAUUUCCUCUCUUCAUUAGCUCCAUUAUGAACUCUUUGGCUCCUUCAAAUUCGUGUACAUAGAGCAUUCGAGCUGUUGCUAAUCACUUUGGCUAACGAAACAAAAACGGGCAGGAGGUCGAAAAAAUAGCGAGGAUGGUUAGAAAAAGCGGCCCGUUACCCUUCUAUCUAUCAUCUUAACAUUUUAUGAAUAGUUUUUAAUGUUCGCCUAUACUGUAAUAUUGUACAUAAUGUAUGUAUUUUGUUAUUAAUGGUAAUUUAUGUAAUUUCGUGAAGUAUAUUUUGUUUGAAUCAUA